AUGUCUGUCAGCACAGAACCAAUCGAGCUUGGCGCUCUAUCGACCGUCGAAGAAGAACACCAUGAAAACUCUCAUCAAUCACUGCCUGCUCCAGAUGGAGGGUCGGAAGCAUGGAAGUUUUUGAUUGGUACUUUCGUGGUUGAAGCAAUCCUCUGGGGUUUCCCGUUGUCCUAUGGCGUGUUUCAAGAGUUCUAUUCCCAACACCCCAACUUCAAAGACGAUCCCAAUAUUGCUGUUAUUGGUACCGUCGCAACCAGCAUCUACUUUCUGGGUGGUUUCGUCGCAACACCGCUGGUAGCUCGAUACCAAGCAUGGCAACGACACAUGAUAGUUGUCGGGUGGCUUGGUUGUGUCUUAUCACUAGUCGCAGCGUCUUUCGCCACGACGGUCCCCGCACUCAUCGCUACCCAAGGGGUCGCGUACGGCUUCGCCUUUCUCUUGGCUUACUACCCGGUCCUGCGCAUGUUGAAUGAGUGGUUCGUCCAGCGACGAGGCUUCGCUUUCGGCAUCAUGUCUGCCGGCGCAGGUUGCAGUGGCGUCGGCUUCCCAUUUCUCUUGGAGGUUCUCCUGUCCAAGUACGGUUACCAAACAACGCUCCGCGGUAUAGCUGUCGGGGUUUUCGUCACCGUACUACCCGUAAUCCCACUUCUCAAAGGACGACUGCCGGUCUCGGGCCAUGGAGCGCUUCGGAAGAUGGAUAUCCGAUUCUUCCGACAGCCUCUCUUCUACUGCUUUGCCCUCGCCAACUUCUUGCAAGGCCUCGGAUAUUACGUCCCUUCGCUUUAUCUACCAACCUACGCAACGUCGCUAGGACUGUCUGGUACAGCGGGCGCGAUGAUACUCGCUGCGAGUAACCUCGCCAUGGUUUUCGGACAACUCGGGCUCGGCUAUUUGUCCGACCGCGUCAACAACGUUCUUGUCCUUGUCUUCGCGUCGUCGUUUCUAUCGGCCAUCGCCAGCUUCUUCCUCUGGGGCUACGCGGGAUCUUUGGCUCCUCUACUCGCCUAUGCAUUGGUCUACGGUGUGGCAUCUGGCGGUUUCCCCUGCCUCUGGCAGAAGUUCGGCUCUGUGCUUUCGGAGGAUCCUGCACCUGUCUACAGCUUCAUGGCGUUUGGGAAAGGCAUCGGAAACAUCCUGAUCGGGCCGAUUAGUACUUCCUUGAUCAACGGCCCUGUUCGCUCUGGGUAUGGCCAGGGGAGAUUUGAAGGUCUGAUCAUCUAUCUCGGUUCGAUGAUGUUGGGGUCUUCCCUGGGAAUAUUGGGGUGGUCUUUGAGGCCAGGAAGAAACUAG